GCCGCGCGCGCGCACGUAGACACAACCGCCGUACAAGGCGACACGCACGCACGCAUGGUCGGUCGCACCCGGUUCGCUUUCCCGCCGCGGUCCGCACAACAUUUUAUCGUCGCGUUGCCGUCGACGACCGUCUUCGUCGUUUCGCUAUACCUACCGGCUUCUAUCGCGUCCGACGGUCGCGCGGAAAAAAACGCACAUCCGUACCACCCCACACACCCCUUCACCAGCCGACGGUCCGUUAGCGGAUCUAACCCCGUUCUUCGCCGGUCGCGUGGCGUGACGACCAUGUGACCGAACGCUAUGCGUAACGGCAGCCGACCGGUGGUGCGGCGAUCGCCGAACGGCGGUCCGCUGUCCUUGUGGCCGUUGCUGCCCGCGCUGCUACUGUUCCGAUCGUCCGCAGCCGACUUGCAGAACACCGCGCCGCCGGUGACGACCGCCGUACCGACGACCGAGAUCGAUGCGGCCGCCGCGACGUCGGUGCACAAGUGUUGCGGCCCCGACGAAGUGCUGGCCGCCGACUGGUGUCGGAACGCGAACUCGACCAGCCACAGGCCUUGGACACCGGAGUUCACCGCGAGCAAUGAAGACGAAGCCGUUGCUGGGCUGAAGACGUUGCCCGCCUCGUCCGUCUCUUACAAAUUAGUGACUGGGUUCCCAAAUUGCAAGAAUCGUCAAAAAUGGGUUGUCUAUAAUUAUACCGGUUCCAGCGAUCGCCUAGUGUUGUAUCCGAAUGGAAAACUUAGACAUUACGUCUUAAAACACCAGCAGCAUACCAAUGAAGAACAACAGCAGCGAGAUUACAUAAUUGACCACGAACGUUAUUUCGACUACGAACAAGAGUUUUACUGUUUAGACAAAGUCAUUGGCAUUGAUAGUCCAGACAUCAAUGCCCAAGUAGCUUACAUAUGCACGCCACCAAUACCAUCGCAAUGGACAGACACCGAUUAUGUGAUGCGAAGAGUCGUGAAUCCAGCUGGUCAUGCCAUCGCAAUUACUUGGCUAUUGCUCGUGGCUAUUGUUCAUUUUGUGUUACCGCAACUCAGGGACUUAAUAGGAAAUAUGGUUACUACAUUAGCUGGUUGUAUGAUCGUAGCUAGAAUCGCUGACAUUGUGCGCAUAUUUGUCGAGUACAACGGACCAAUAAGCUAUUUAACAGCCGAUGCAUUUCUCUACAUCUUUACCCUCGGUUCAUUUUUUUGGCUCAACGCCAUGGGAUAUUACAUCUGGCGUACAUUCAAAUCACGGAACGUUUUCCUACGUAUCACCGACGGUCGAAAAUAUUGUUAUUAUUCGCUAUAUGUUUGGGGUUGUACAUUAACUAUGGGAGGCAUGGCACUUUUUGCUCAUCUCAUAUUAGAUUCAAGUACCGACAACAUAAAUAGAAACUAUUCUCCUCAUCCAUCUUCAACCAUAUCAAUAGAAGGAGCCAUAGGAUGGCUCGGGAUCGCUGUUAUAUUCGUUCCGGUCAUAUGUACGAUUCUAGUCAAUUUGUUCUUUUAUUUUUCUACUAAGACAGUGAUAGAACGAAUGUCGACGUAUGGACAAAUUCACCAUAAAAUGAAAUAUAGUUUCGGAAUGUUUUCAAAACUAUUUGCAAUCAUGGUUGUCGAUUUGACGUUGUUCAUAUUUUCGUGGAUCCAACAAGACACACUUUUUUAUUUGCAUGUCAUCUUCAAUCCUGUGCAAGCUGCUCUUGUUCUUUAUGUAACCGUUAUACGACCAAAACGGGUAAAAUUUCUACUGCGCAAAGCUUGUUGUUAUGAACAAUGCUUAUUGCCGUGUUGUCGACCAAAGGAAACAGAUGUUCAAGCCGGUACUGAAUGGGGAGAAGAAAUGAUGGCAUUUAAUACAGCUGACUAUUAAAUUUAAAAAUUGUAAAUAAUUAUUAUUAAAAUUAACUCGAUCGAAAAUAAUUAUUCAGUUUCUUAUACUAUAAAUUAUAAUUUUUAUUAUUAUUAUUAUUUUUAUUACUUAUAAAUUACCCCUAACAAACGUAACAUAACAACAUCAUAAUGGUGAAUCGAUUAUUUUAAUAUUUUGUAUCAUAAGUUAAACUAGACAUUGAUGAAGUCAAAAGUUUAACCUACAAGACAGAAAUUAUCAAUAAGAGAAAAUUAUUUGGUGA